AGAAAAGAGCCUUGCCCUCAUGCUAGUCCUGAGAAGACUGCAGCAGGGUGUGGAGCACAGGGGCAAUUCUUUAUCCCCCCAACUUACUUCUCUGGCAUCUGAAGGAGUUGGUGGCCAUGGGGUGAUGAACCAUCCUCAGGUCAGCAGAAGGGAAGGGGUGCAGUCCCUGUCAGGAAUAAACAUGAACACUUUUAGGAUGGAAAAUGGGACCUUCUACUGCAGAGAGCAGGGGCCCCUUUCUGCACUUGCCGCCAGCCAAGGGAGGAUUCAGGCAAUGGUGGUCAGAUGUGGUGUUCCAUCAGUUCUUCCGGGAAGUGGUGGGGCUUGCCUCAUGGCAGUGAGGCCUUUGUUUCAGGGAGCAAUAUGAAUACCUUGAAGGAGGAUAGAAGAUACCCCACCCCCACCCCGCUGCAGAACAGAUGGGAUUCAGCCUCUGCUGUGAGCCCUAGGAGGUGGCAGGAUGUGUCUUCUCUUUACUUUUAUUUGGAAGUUCUUAGGGAAAUGAGGACCUAGUUGUGAAGGGGCAAGAGCAGCUUCAUGGAGGAGUCUCAGGCCCCACCACGGGUCAAUUUAAGGACUCAGAGCAUCCCCUUCACCAGAGCAGAUGGGACCCAGUGCUUCUCUUUUUUUUCUCUUUAAGAUUUUAUUUAUUUAUUCAUGAGAGACACACACAGAGAGAGGCAGAGACACAGGCAGAGGGAGAAGCAGGCUCCAUUCAGGGAGCCCGACGUGGGACUCGAUCCCAGGUCUCCAGGAUCACACCCUGGGCUGCAGAUAGCACUAAACCACUGCGCCACCAGGGCUGCCCGACCCAGUGCUUCUCUACCCUUGCUGUCAACAUGGGAGGGCCAGGGGCAUGGUUACUGAAUGUAGCCACCCUUCCUUUUUUUCUGUUUUGGGGGGUCCCAUGGAAGUAAGGACCUUGGUCUGAUGGGUAUAGCCUGAGUGCAGCCAAGGGAGGAGUACUGCGCUCUGCCAGGUGUUAAGAUAAGGACUCUAAGUAAGGGAGGAUUUAGAGGAUCUCUCAUGCUAUAAAGAGAUGUCUUACAGAAACUUGCCCCUGCUGUCAUCUUUGGAAAGCUCCACAGCAGGGUUGCCAAAUAAAGAGUGCUUCCUGAUUUCCACUUUGGGAGUCAGAGGGAGGAGAGGCUUUUUCUGGGGGUUGUAACCUCAGGUUGAUAGUAUAGUCCAGGCCCUGCCAGGCAUCAAGGAGAGGACCAUGAGGGAGGAUUGAGAGGACCUUCCACCUCAGGUAGAUGUGAUGUGGUCUUGGCCUGCCCUGAAAAUACCCCAAGGGAGAAGAGGCCCCAGCCAUGCCCCUCCUGUCAACCCCAAGAGUCCACAGACAAGGUUGGCUAGAUGAGACAUUUCCUUACUUUUGUCUGGGAGAGAGUCUUAGAGAGGUGAGGAUCUUGGUCUGAGGAGGUGACACAUCAGUUCAGAAGAGGGAGGAGUCCUAGGCUCUGUCAGGAAUCAAGGUAAGGACUCUUGGUGAAACCUAAGCCCCCCUUCCUGAAAAAGAGGACCCCACAGAAUCUCAGUCCUGGGAAGAUCUGAGCAGGGGUGGCCAGGUGGGAGGAACUCUCACUUCUGCUGCAGACUCUACCAAGAAUCAAGGGAAUAGAGUGGUUCAUGGAGGUGAGGUCUUGGUUGGAGGGAGAGACUUAAGGUCAGCAGAGGCUAGGACAGGCCUUACCAGGAGUGCAGAUGAAUAUCCUGAGGGAGGUUUGGGUAUAUUCACCAUGCUGGAAUGGACCCCGGGCAGGAGUGGCUGGAUUUGGUGUCUUUUUACUUUUGUUUGGAGUAUCCCAGGGAGGUGAAGGGCUUGGUCUGAGCUGGUGACAACAGCAGAGGGAGGAGUCCCAGGAUCUGUGACAAGUCAAGGUAAGGACCUGGAGCUGAGGUCCUUAGUCUGAGUCCGAAGGCAGGUCGACUGAAGAAGCCACGUCAGGUCAGAAGAGGGAGGAGUCCCAAGCUCUACCAGAGUCAAGGUUUCUAGGAGACAAACCAUUCAGCAGGACAAGAACCCUGUGAGGCCCUAGAGCACCCCCUGAAGAGCCUUGUCAUCAUGCCUCGCUCUUUAAAGCCUCUGCGCCUCACAUUUGAGCCAGACUUUCAGACCCCACAUGAAAUACAAGACCUGGCAGUAGCAUGUGUUCUCACAGCUGAGGAGGAGGAAGACGAGACUACUUCGGUUUCCUCUUGCUCUUUCACCUUCUCCUACCCCUCCACCUCCUUCUCCCCGCCUUCCUCUCCUAUGAUCCCAGCCUCUUCAGAGGAGGAAGAGAACCCUGCUGCAACACUGAGUCCUCCUCAGAGUCCUCAGAGCUCCUGCUCCUUCUCUGCAUCGUGCAGCACAUCAAAUGGAGUCUGCAACAGCCAAGAGCAGGGUUCAAGUUCCCCACAGACCUCAAAAGAUGCUGAAUAUUCUCCCAGAGAUCCGCUAGAUGAGUCAGUGGCUGAUUUGGUGCAUUAUUUGAUCCUCAAGUAUCGAUUGAAGGAGUCCGUCACAGAGGCAGAAAUGGUGAAGGUUGUCGCCGAAAGGUACAAGACACAAUUCUCUGUGAUCUUUAGGAAAGCUACCAAGUGCUUGGAAGUGAUCUCUGGCAUUGAUAUGAAGGAACUGAACCCCACCACUCACUCCUAUAUCCUUGUCAAUUCACUAGAUUUCAGUCAUGAGGAGAUGCUUAGCGACAACCAGAGUAUGCCUAAAAACGGUCUCCUGAUAAUCAUCUUGGGUGUGAUCUUCAUGGGGGGCAAUCGUGCCCUUGAGAAAGACAUCUGGGAUUUUCUAAAUAUAAUGGGAGUGUAUGCUGGGAGGGAGCAUUUCCUUUAUGGGGAGCCCAGGAAGCUCAUCACCAGAGAUUGGGUGCAGGAAAAUUACCUGGAGUAUCGGCAGACGCCUAACAGGGAUCCUCCAUGCUAUGAAUUCCUGUGGGGUCCCAGGGCUCAUGCUGAAACCAGUAAGAUUAAAGUUCUAGAGUUUUUGGCUAAGAUCAAAGGGAUUGACUCCAUUUCCUUCUCACACUGGUAUGAGAAGGCUUUAAAAGAUGAGAAAGAGAAGGCCCAGGACAGAGUUGGUGUUGUGGAUAAUACUUCUGCCGUAAACAUUGCAUAGCAUUGGCCAUCAGCUUCUCCUGCCCCAACUGAAGGGUGACACCAAAUAUUCACUCUGUAUUUGAAGAAGGCAGUCCUAGCUCUGAGGUAGAAGAGGGUCAGGGUCUGGCUGGGGAGAACACUGUGUACAACUUUGUGUUCCUGUUCUAUAUGGAUUAUUUGGAGGUUUACCUUUUUUUUUCCUUUUGGUAUUUUUCAAAUGUUAUUUUUAAUAGAAGAUUUUUUAGCUUUAGAAUAUAAGUAUGUAAAUGAAUUUGUUACACAUUUAUUGCUGUGUAUCAGAUUUAAGAAUAGGAGUUUUUAUAUUUUACAAAGAAACUGGGAAAUGUUCUAUCUUAUUUUGUGACCUGGAACAAGAUGAUAUGACACUGAAAUGGGAAUUUCCUUGGAAAUGUGAAAGAAAAUGGAGAAAAAAGUAUAAAAGGUGGUUAAAUUUUGGAUUCCCUUAACCACUUUAGUUUAUCGUUCUGUAAAACUAAAAGAUACGUACAUGAUUUGUUUGGCUUACUGAAGAAAAGUAGGUGUAAUUUCAAUAAAUCUUAUUUUAAAAA